AUGAUUCACUACAGGCCCUAUCCGCCACCAGGGGGCCUGUUUACCAUUGGAAUCGUGUUUUGCAUUUCUGUGACCAUCGAGUUCGUUGGUAACAUUCCUAGAUCACCUGUAGAGUUGAUCAAGAAGGAGCACAGAGAGGUAUCAAAAGGAAAGAAAAAACCUAUGGUGCCAGCUCACCAACACACACCGGAUAUGGAGUGUUUCUCUUCUAUGUGA